AUGCCGCCUGUUAUGCCCCAGACACCUCACAAGGAUGACCUUGACGAAACCUGGUCGUUCUUGGAAGAUGGCAUCAACAGCGUGAUGCACAAGCUUGAGGAGGGGGUUGACAUGAAGCAUUACAUGGCUCUUUACACGGCCGUCCACAACUUUUGCACAUCACAGAAAGCCGUCGCGAGCAACCAAGGAUUACAAGCCCACCGAGGAGGUUCGUCGCUUAAACGCACUCGCCUGCAAACUUCCCUGUCCCAGAAGACAAACAGGUCACAGCCACAGAAGCUAACUACCCCUCUUGGAAUAACAGCACACCUUUUGGGCGAAGAACUCUACAAAUUAUUGGGGGAGUAUCUUUCGCGCCAUCUCCUCGAAGUGCACCAAAAGUCGCUUGCCCACGCCGAAGAAGCGCUACUGACAUUCUACAUCCGGGAAUGGAGUCGAUACACGACCGCCGCUAAAUACGUCAACCACCUUUUCAGCUACCUCAACCGACACUGGGUUAAGCGAGAGAUCGACGAGGGAAAGAAGAACGUGUACGACGUGUAUACAUUGCACCUGGUUAAGUGGAAGGAUGAUUUUUUUGAAAAUGUCCACACUAAAGUCAUGGAGGCCGUACUAAACUUGGUUGAGAAGCAGCGAAAUGGCGAAACUAUCGAACAGUCCCAGAUUAAGAGUAUCGUCGAUUCUUUUGUAUCGUUGGGCUUGGACGAAAAUGACAGCAAAAAAUCCACACUUGAGGUCUAUAGGCACUAUUUCCAGGUACCGUUCAUCGAUGCAACAAGAAGGUACUUUGAGAAUGAGUCAAGACAGUUUGUGGCGGAGAAUAGUGUGGUGGAAUACAUGAAGAAGGCAGAGGCUCGGCUUGAAGAAGAAAAGGCCCGCGUCGGUCUUUAUCUACACUCCGAUGUUACCAAGAGCCUCACAGAGACUUGUCUGGAUGUCCUUGUUACUGCUCAUUCCACUCUUCUUCGCGAUGAAUUCCAAAUCCUUCUUGACAACGAACGCCAGGAAGACCUUGCUCGCAUGUACCGACUCUUGUCACGCAUCAAGGAAGGGCUGGACCCACUCCGAUCUACUUUCGAGAGCCACGUGAGGAAGGCGGGUCUAGCUGCGAUCGAGAAGGUUGCUUCGGAGGGCGAAAAUUUCGAGCCCAAGCUGUAUGUUGAUGCCUUGUUGCAAGUUCACACACGGUAUCAAAGCCUUGUGGAUGAGGCAUUCAACGGUGAGUCCGAGUUUGUGCGUUCUCUCGAUAAUGCCUGCCGAGAGUUUGUCAAUCGUAACCGUAUUUGCAAAACGGCUACAACCAAGUCACCUGAGUUGCUGGCGAAGUAUACAGAUUCCCUUUUGAAGAAGGGAUCCAAGGCUGCCGAGGAGUCUGAGCUGGAAGAGAUGCUUGUCCAGAUCAUGACUGUUUUCAAAUACAUUGAGGACAAGGAUGUAUUCCAAAAGUUCUACUCCAAAAUGCUGGCAAAACGUUUGGUGCAUGUCAGCUCUGUCUCCGAUGAUGCGGAGACGAGCAUGAUUAGCAAGUUGAAGGAAGCAUGUGGAUUUGAAUACACCAAUAAGUUGCAGCGCAUGUUCCAAGAUAUUCAGAUUUCGAAGGAUCUCAAUGCCAACUACAAGGACCUCCAAGAUAAGGUUUUGGAUGAUGACGACCGCAAGAGAAUGGUGGAUGCUCACUUCCAGGUUCUGGGAACUGGAUUCUGGCCUCUUAAUCCACCCAACACCGCUUUCUCUGCACCUCCAGAGAUUGUGAAGACCGCCGAAAGAUUCCAGAAGUUCUACUUCGACAAGCAUAAUGGUCGUAAGCUGACAUGGCUGUGGCAGCUGUGCAAGGGCGAGGUCAAAGCCAAUUACAUUAAGAACACCAAAGUUCCUUUCACAUUCCAGGUGUCCACUUUCCAAAUGGGUAUCUUGCUUCUUUUCAACGAGACAGACACUCUGUCAUACUCCGACAUCCAAAAGGCUACCAGCCUUGCUCCUGAAGUCCUCGACCCUAACCUUGCCAUUUUCCUGAAGGCGAAGGUACUUGUGGCGAGCCCCGAGGGUGCCAAGCCUGAGACCGGCACUACUUUCUCCCUCAACUACAACUUCAAGAAUAAGAAGAUCAAGGUCAACCUCAACAUUCAGAUUAAGUCGGAGCAAAAGGUAGAAUCCGACGACACCCACAAAACUAUCGAAGAAGAUCGGAAGCUGUUGCUCCAGUCUGCAAUUGUCCGCAUCAUGAAAUCCCGCAAGAAGAUGAAGCACGUCCAGCUGGUGCAAGAAGUCAUCCACCAAGUCAAGUCGCGCUUCCCACCCAAGAUCGCCGAUAUCAAGAAGAACAUCGAAGCUCUCAUGGAAAAGGACUACAUCGAACGUCUAGACGGGGACGAAAUCUCUUACAUUGCUUAA